AUGACCAAGGCGCCCUUCUCGGUGGCGUGGCUUUCGCAGAGCAGCCAGGCGACCCGGCAGGCCCGGAGCGGGUCCGAAGCCCAGCCGGCCCCCGACGACCUCCAGACCCAGCAGGGCGAUGCCGGGCCCGACGCCCAGCCCGUGGGGACGGGCGGCGGCCAGAGCGGGAGCAAAGUGGCGGCCAGAGACCAAGGGGCGCCUUCGGGACAUCUUGUGCGCCAGAAGAACUCGGAGCGGCCCUCCUCUGCAGGCGCGCUGGCCGGUCCCAGGCGGGAGUGGAGCUCCGCAGAAUGCGGCUCCGACGGCGAGGGGAGCGCCGUCGAGGGCCAGAGUCCCGAAGACGCCCGAGGCCGCAACGCAGGCAGCCGCCGCUUGCGCACCGCUUUCAGCCUGGAGCAGAUCAGCACCCUGGAGAGCUCCUUUAAGCGCCAGAAGUACUUGGGGGCCGCCGAGCGACGCAAACUGGCCAGUAAGAUGCAGCUGUCCGAAGUGCAGAUCAAGACUUGGUUCCAGAACCGGCGAAUGAAGCUGAAACGGCAGCUCCAGGAGAUGAGACCAGAUCCCUUCCAUGCAGCACCAUAUUACAGCUCCCUCCAUUUUGGAUCUCACAGUGGGCCUUUGUCUUAUGUUUACUCACCUCACCAGCAGACUUUUACUAGGAGAGAAGCUUUUCCUUCUGGCCUCCCUUUCUCUCCAGUGCCAGCGUCAACCCUGGAUCCCACAAGCACCUCUGGGGGGCAGUCAGGUGCCCUCUGGCCAAUGUCUGUGCCCUACUUUGUGGGAUACCCAGACCCUAGAACAUUCUACAUGACUCUCUGA